AUGCGAGCCAGUUCCACGACAUCGACCGAUUCGAACGGUUUCCCGGUGAAAGACGCCGAUGCGCUCAAGCUUUUCGUCGGCCAGAUUCCGCGUAAUCUCGAAGAAAAAGAUCUGCGUCAUUUGUUUGAGCAAUUUGGAAAAAUCUACGAGUUCACCAUUCUUAAGGACAAAUAUACCGGUAUGCACAAGGGUUGCGCUUUUCUAACAUACUGUCAUCGUGACAGCGCAGUGAAAUGUCAAGCUGCUCUUCACGAUCAGAAGACUUUACCCGGGAUGAAUCGUGCCAUGCAGGUGAAACCGGCCGACACCGAGAGCCGACCAGCCAGUCCGAAAGACAAGGUCGAUGAUAAGAAAUUGUUCGUCGGGAUGCUCUCGAAGCAUCAAUCCGAGGACGAAGUUCGAGCUCUGUUCGCCCCUUUUGGUGUUUUGGAAGAG